AUGUACAAAUGCGCUUCCCUUACACUCAUAUUUGUCGGCUCAUCCGCCCUUGUCGCCGUUGUUCUAUCGGUCUCGGGCGUCGAAUACACAUUUGGUCGGAUAUCCUAUAUCACCCCAGGCAUUGACCGAGCAACAUUCUGGGGUCCUCUUUUGGCAAUAUCCGCUGCGUCUCUCCUGUUACAAUUCAUCACCGUCACAUACUGCGCUAUACUCACUCUCAGACCCUGGUUCAACUAUCAAAGAUUACGUAUUUCAGGAUAUACGCCAUCUCGGGACGAAGAAAGGGUGCUUGGUGCUCAGCGAACAGCAUCACGCGUACGAAAGAUCGUGCAGUUACAAUGGAGAAACAGUCUCAUUACAGUGGUUAUACUCGUUUACGUCUGCUUUUUAGCCGGUGUUCUCAUGCAGCUACGGCCAUUUCACGAUUAUCCGAAAUCGGAUAGGGUAGCCUGGUUUGAGUGUUUGGGAUCAUCAAAAGGAACUAGAGACUCAUGCCUUUCACUUGCCGCUCCACUAGGACCUGGUGAGCCAGUGAUUAUAGCCGUUCUCUCAAUGCUUGUCGUGAGUUUCUCGUUUCUUGGCUCUGGCAUUCUUGACCUUGCUGACCUUACAAAAUUUAGGUGA